CCCAUAAUGGCGGAAAAAUGUCUGUAGCAAUUCAAGAAGAACAGAUGUAUAUAUGUAUAUGUUGACCAUGCUAAAUUCCAGAACUAUUAUAACAGGAAUAGUGGUAUUUGAAUUGUCAGAUAUUGGACCUUCUGCUACAGUGAUAAAAAAAUGUGGGAAAGCAGUCUUAAAGACAAAAUAGUAGAAAUGACAACAAUCAAAUGAAGAAAUUAAAACAAAACCAAAAGUCUAAUACUAGUACUGUGGAGCCAGAGGAGAAUGAAUUGUUGAAUACCAGAGAGAAGUACCAUAAAGAGAUUGCUAAAACCAAGAGGAAUAUAUUGGAAAGAAGUGAAAAGUCUGAGGUGAAAGAAGUCCAAGCCCAGGAUAAACAGGAUCACCUUGUUAAAGUUGUUGAUAUACAACAUUCUACAGUUGGAAAAAGUGAUGAUGAGUCAAAAUUUCAUGAACUAAGAAAAUAUUUACUCUCUGAUACGUCUGAUAAAGAAAGUUCUCCUACAAUUAAAGUAAAAUCACCAUCAAAGAAAAAACAGACUAGAAACAAAGACAAAAUGCUUGACAUAAGAUCAGAAGCAGAGAAAUCUCCGGUGAAAAAUUUUAGAUCCACUAGAGGGAGUUCUGUAGAAAAAAAGGACAAAGGAUCUCUUUCUCCUACAAAAAAAUCAAGUCCAAAUGUGAAACUAGAAUUGAACAAUAAAGACAGUCCUAUUAUUGGGAAUAAAACUCCCCUUUCUGCAGGUAAAAAGGUGAAACAUACACCAUCUCCAGAAAAGCUAUCUGUGAUAACACCAGAAUCACCAAGAACAGGAAGUCGUCAACGAUCACCAAAUCUUAGAUAUGCGGACGAUAUGGUUAUGUUUCCUUUGAAGUUACCAAAAAGGCAAAUCUUUAAGAAAGACAGUAAUACAGAAAAUUGCAAUAAUAAUGAUGUGUCAUUACCUAAAACUAGUCUUUCAACUGAAUGUCAAACUUCACAGUUGUAUUCAUUACUGACAGGAACUAUUCUGAAGAGUGAUUGUACAAAGGCUAAAAAUCCAACAGAAACAAACAAUUCUGAGAAACAAGUAUCAGAUAUUCAAUCAGUUAAUCAGAAAGUUGAAACCAAUAAUCUCAACGGUGACAUAUCUGACCGGUCGUGUGAAAUGACUGAUGCCGGAAAUAAGACUGAAAUAGAACCAACAGACACUAGUUCAAACAAAGUUUCAAUAAAUCAAGAGACUGAUAUCAAAGAAACCAUUCCUGAGGCUGUAAGUGAACCUAAAGCUGAAAAUUCUGACAAAGAUGUCGGAAAGCUGGAAGCAUUACAGAAUUUGUCAAAUGUGAUAGAUCAGAUCAUAGUAGAAUCUGUACAAGAAGACAUUCCAGCCUGGGCUGUCUAUGAAGAUAAACCUUUAAGACUACCAAGGAAACCCAGAAGGAAACGUAAAUCAUUACAAGAGAAAAUAAUUGAUGGAGAAUUAGGUUAUACUGUUGUAACUACUAUUAAAAGAAAGGGUCCUGUAGAGACACCAACCUCAAGUGGAGAUGAAGAUGAUUUAAAAGGAAAACGUAGAGUGACAAAACCAAUAUUGAAAAGGUCAAUAAUUAGGAUGUCACCUGCUCUUGGGUUGUUAGUUGGUCAUGAUGAAGAUGGGUUUACAAUGUUUGAUGAACACAAGAAGUCAAUGUCUGAUAAUGACGAUAAUGGAGAAAAUGAUGAAACUGAACAGAAAGAUAGAAAAAAAGGAAAGAAAAAGGAUUUGAAUUUGUUUAAAAUUGGAAAGGAACAAAAGACAAAUUCUGAUCAGAAACAAAUGCCUACCAAGUCUUCCUCAACUGUUAUAUCUGUAUCAAAACCAAUUUCUACUCAACCUCAGAUGAGGCUCAUCGGUAGUGCUGGUACCAAAGCAACUAUUGUGUCUGGAUCCCAGUCAGUGCCAUGCAUUAUUGUGCCAAGCUCAUCAACCAUUGGAGGACAAACAUUAUUAACUCUUCAGGGUUCAAAUGCAAGUAAUAUAAGCCUCAUUCCAAGUAACAAGAUAAGUUUAAUUGGUACACCUACCAACAAAGUUAUACCGACAUCUUCUAUUUCUCCUGUCUCUCCCAUUGGACCCCCUAUGGUAUCAAUGAUUCCAUCAUCUAAUGUAAGACCCGUGCAACCUGUACAGGUGGUGACUUCUGUACAAUCCAUGUUGAAGACACCAACUACUAAAACUUUCUUCCGAUUAUCUCAGGGACAGCUUAUCUCAUCAUCAGGACAACCACUUCUUUCUACAAAGGUACUGCCAGGAACCAAGGGCCAAAUAAUAUCAUCAUCUGGGAGUUCACUUCUUUCUACAAAGGUUCUGUCAGGAACCACAACUACUGCACAUACAUUCACAACUACAUCACCUGUAAUCAGCCUUGCUUCACAGUCUAAUCCUUUAAACAUACCUCCAAAUUCGAAAGUUCUUAUUUUAAAAAAGUCUGAUAUUCCAAAUACUUCUGGUACAAUACUUGUUAAUUCAUCUUCUCCAGUCUCUGGAAGACCAGGAAUGUCAUUGUUGAAGAAGUCACCAGUCACUGUAAGCAAACCUGAGUUAGCAUCUAUAACAACUAGUUCUAAACCAGUUGUCACUGAAAAAUUAUCUGUACCAGUCGUGUCGCCAAAAAAACCUAUAGAUUCUGAGUCGGGUCAAAGUUCUACUGAAACUCUCGAAAACGAACAAAAAUUGUUACCCCUGGAUGAUUUGAUCUCAAAAGUGAAGACAAAUAUGGAUUCUUCGGUACAGCUACCUAAAAUAUUUACAUCUGAUAUUUUUAUGGAUUAUGAAAGUGAAAACGAUAGUGAAAUGUCAGAAGGACAUGAUGAUGAUAUGGAAGAAGAACAAAAUGUUGCUAAUGAAACAAAACCAGAAAAAAAUGGACUUAUGGACAAAAGUGAAAUUGAUGAUUCUGUUGAUUUACAAGUUCAUUGUCAAGCGUCAGAUAAAGGACAGAUAACUGAUCCAGAAAAUUCAGUUAUAGAAAAUAAAGCUUCAAAGGAAGCAGAGGAUAUAGAAAAGUCACAAUCGGACAAAAAUAUGUCAGUCAAUGAAAUUGCUGACAAAGAGAAUGAGAGUAAUGAAAAUAAUUUGUCUGGCACUGAAAAAGACAUGGAAAUUGAAUCUAAACAAUGUAAACAAGCGGAUACAAAUUUAGAAAAUAUAAAGGAAGAUCAAAAUGUGACUGUAAAUUUAGGAAGUGGCUCAAGUAAAAUUAUUAAGUCUCCUGAUACUGUAACUGUAGUUGAAGUUAAAAUUGAGAUUGACUCUAAGUAUGUAGAUAAACCACAGAAAGAAAUACAACCAAAAACUAAUGAUGGAAAGGAUAAGGUUCAGUCAGCAGAAGUCAAGGCUGAUUCAGCUAAAGACCAAACUAAUUCAUUGCAAAGUAAAUUGAAGAAGGCCAUGGAGUCAUUAUCAAAUGUGAAAUCAGUUCUAGCUGCAAAAACUGAUGCAAAAUUUAACAAAGUGGACUUGAAACCUGAUUCACAGCAUGGUAGUGAAAAAGAACAAACAAAUAUGUCCAAGGAAAAAACACCUGAAACUGACAAUCAGAAUAAACAUAAAGAUUCAGAGACAGUGUGUGGUAAUUUGUCUGAUUUAGAAGAUCAUGGAGGAGAAUCUAAAAGAAAAAAUAUUUUUGAUUUAAUAAUGGAGGAUUAUCAGUCUCCAGGUAAAGAGGGGACAGUUAAAGAAUCUGAAGGAAAGAAAAAUGUUAUAGAAAUUCAGGAAAGUCCUGUGAAGAAAUCACCAAAUAAAGCUGUGAAUUCAGUGGAAAAAAUAUUAGAAAGUCCAGAAAACAUAUCUGCAGAGAGAUCUCUGUUAGAUGUAGGGCUAACACCAAAACCUGAGACAAAUGAUAUGGAUAAAGAUUCAAAAGAGGAAAAAUGUGUUGCUAUCAGUGAUGAAUUAUCACAUGAUAACAUUACUGAUAAAAAAAACUAUGACAAUGCUUCAAAAACUGAUGAGCAGUCUGAAAUACGUGGGGAUAUCUCUGUAGUUAAGGAAUCAAAGAACAAUGAUAAUCUGUCUCAAAUUGAUAAUAACUCCCAAGACGUUAUUUCAUUAGAUGGAUCAAGUAAAUUUGAGAAUGAAAUGGAAGUUUCAGAUGAUGAUAUUGAUAAGGUUCAAAAUGAAAUGGAUACUGAGUCGGAAUCAAAACAUUUAACAAUGGCCGAUAAACUUUUAGCUAAAUUCAAAAAAUGGGAAGAUGAAGAAAGUGUUCCUAAAACCCAUAUAACUAAAAUACCUCUCAAACUCAAAAUCUGUAGCAGUCCAGGCAAGUCAUUUAUUGUAUCUUCAUCACAUAGUUCAAAGAAAAAGAAAAUGACAAACAUGAGGAAAGUAGAUGGACGUCUUGUGCCUAUGAAUUCAACUCAACGAGAAAUUAAAGAACCAUUACCAAUGACUGUCUUGUUUAACCCUGAAACAGAAAUUAAAGAUAAACUUUCAGCAUUUAGUAGUCAGUCAUUAGAAAACUUCAUUGAAAAUUUGACAAUUGAGGUAAAAGAGGAUGAAAAGGUUGAUGAUGCGGACGAUGAUUUUGAUGAUGGUGAUGAAGAUGAUGAUAAUUUAGUUGAUGACGAUGAAGAUGAUGAUGAAGAUGAGGAUGAGGACGAUGAUGACGAGGAUGAAGAUGAAAAUGAAAAUAAUGAGAAUGAUAGUGAUAUGUCAAUGGAUGAACAUGAGCCAGACUUUGAUGAAAUUGAUGGUGUUUUGUUCAUGUCAUUUCCUAGUAAAAAUGCACUUAAAGCACAUGUUGAAGUGGAGAGAAGAACAAAAUUGGGAACUGAUGAGAACAUGUUGUUAGGUAUGACAAGAAUGAGAAACAUGAGACGGAAGCAAGGAUACAUCUUAUCAAAAUACAAUAAAAAGGUUGGCAAUAAAAUUUUAAAAGAUAAAGAUAAUAUUAGUCAGAACUUAAGAGGAAUGCAUAAAACUUUAGCUAAAUACCAAAGACUUUACAAACAGGAAUUACAAUGGUUAGACAGCCCUAAUGAGGAAGGUACUUUCAUGCAUAAAACUAGUGAUAUAACAAAAAUUAAAGGCUGGAAAAACAAGGUUGACAAUGUAACUGAUGAUGUGGAAAAUGCAAAAGCUGAAAUUGAAAAUGGAGGAAAGUUACAUUGGCGAACUGAAGCACGCCUUGCAAAAAAUCUACGUCCUGAUGAGUUGAAAGAAUAUGGUUUGAAUAUAAAAAAGAAACGUAGAAAGAAUAUAAUUUACACACAAAGGAAAGGAAUGUCUAAAGGUGAUCGAUCUCAAAAGUCAGAAAAUGGACAAGAAGAAAUAAUAUACGAAGAUUAUUCAAGGUCAAAUUCGAAUGACUUGAAUGACAUACAGUUUAUUGAUGAAGACAUAGAAAUAAACAUGACAAAGGAUGGAGAUACGGAAAGUCAUGCAGAUAUAGCUGAAGAAAAAGAUGAAAACAUUAUAUUUCCUUCUGACGAUGAGGUUCAAGAUGAAGAACUGGUUCGAAUAUAUGAUAGAGAGAGGAUGAAAGAGACUGAUAAGGUGAAAAACUCUGAGAGGCAAAGGAUGAUUUUUAAAUCAAAAACGCUGAAAAUGAGGUUGAAUUACAAUUUACAAGAUAUUCAGGUAAUCCGUAAGCUUGGAGGACAUAAUAUUAGAAGGCGUAAAAAUGCUGACGGGGAAUAUGAAGGGGAUUACACGGUUAUCAUGGAUACUUCUGCAAACAGUAGUAGGCCUUCAACACCAGAAAUAACACAGCAGGAAGAGCCUGAAAAGGAGACACCCCCUAAAAAAGGACGUAAACCAAAAUUAGAACUGAUGGCCUCAGUCCUUACUGGAAAUAUGGCUACUGCUGCAUGUACAGCCAUACCUAAAGAAUAUUCACGUAAAAAGCCUGUUGCAAAAAAGAUAAUAAAGGAAACUGAUGGUCUUUCCAAGUCACCUGAGUCUGGUCAGUUAACAACUUGUGAUAAACCAGAUCAUACUGAGUCCACUCAGAAUAGAAGUUGUCGAUAUGGAUGUAUAUGUCAUUUGUGCAUGUUUACUGAUCAAAGUCCAGAAGCUGAUCGUAAUGUUCUCAAAUGUGAAAAGGAAUAUUGUCGUCUUGGCUGCAUCUGUGAUAGUAUUGAAGCACAUAAGGAGAAAGACAAUGAACCACAUUGUGGAAAACCAGAUUGUAUGGUUGUAUGUUAUUGCGAUGAUUUGGCUAUGGAUGAAUCGAAAAAUAAAAAAGUUGAUGAAGAUUAUCGCUUCACUGGACAAAAGAAAACUGCCAAGUAUGCAGCUCUUCCUAAGAGGGAGUCAACCUACAGACUGGCAAAAAACCUUGAUGCAGUUAGUCGUAAAGCCAUGUUGUAUUACGAAUCUAGUGAGAUGUUUGUUGACCAAAAGAAAACAAGACGUCGUAAGAGCAAGGAAUCAACAGAUUCUCCACAAGUAUACAUGGAUGUUGAUGUGGCUGAUUAUGAACCCCUUCAACAGGUGUCCACAGUACCAUCAAAAUCAAGAAAGCAGGAAUUUUUAGUGCACAGACCAGUACCUAUAAAACCAAAGCCACAGUUGUCCUCAAGUAGUUUGGCCGGGAAAAGAGAUGAAAUGAUUGAUUUUAGCAAUAUAAAGAAUGAGAUAUCAAGUCAAGAGAGCUGGAACUUGUCUGACUUGUCUGAGUAUGAUGAUAUAGAAGUUAAUUCUGAUGAGGAUCUACAAACUACCACAUGUGCUCGUACAGCUGUAUAUAAUGCUGUCAAAAGAGAAAAGCCCCAGUUAGGAAUUACAUGUAACUGUGGGAAAUUAAGUCAUGGUAAUCAAAGGUGCAGUGCUGAUGAUGGAAAAUUCAACAUUCCUGAAGAUAUUUUGUCAAGUGGAAAAUGGCACACACAGUGGAUUUGUCUGAGAAGUAAAGGACACUCAUUGGACGAUACUACUGCUGAAGGUUUACGUCUGUUAGAAGUUAUAUCAAACUGCAAUUAUGAGGACUUCAAAGCUAAAAUUUUAUCUCGUCUGACGUCACAUAUAUCACAUUCGGAAUAUCCUCCGUUGAAGAAUUUUCUUGUGGGCGAGUUUAAAGUAUCAAUCUUGCCAAAGUCAAACAAACCUGCGAUUAUUCCACCAGAAGUGAUGGCAAAACUACCAAAUUCUGUUUAUUCCAUUAGAAUUCAAAUAAUAAAGGAUCCAUAUGUAUCAAAUCCUCAAAUAAUAAAUCUUAUAGAUGAUACAGAGAUCAAUGUUAAAGAAGUCAAAUCAGGACAUAUAUCAAAAAGUGCAUCCAAACUAGGAAAUAACUCGUUAUCUAUAGUCACACCAGUGGAGAACAAUAGAGCACAAAAUGCUGGAAAGAAAUUAGAUAGAAAUUCUGAAUUAGCAAAACAUUUACAGUCGGAUGUACAUCCAACGAUGACCCCAAUAACCUCAUCCUGUACUAUUGUAGCAGGUGGAAUUUCUGGACUAAGUCAGUUACAGAUAUCACGACCCAUAGGGAGUGUGUCAGGAUUCUCACCUGCUCAAAAGCCUAUUUUACCAGAUAAUGUCUCUAGUAAAAAUGUGUUACCUGGUAGCAUUGUAAAGAGCAUUCCUGUGUCUCUUUCUGGUCCAGGUGUAGUAGUAUCAACUGGUAGCAAUGUAAAUGCCAUCCCUGUAUCUCUUUGUGGUCCAGGUAUGGUAACUCCAGUUAUGCUGAUACCUGAUAACAGUGUGAGCUUAGGAAAUGCAGUAGUUAAAGCAGCUGUUCCAGUUACACAACCAAUGGCAGUUGAAGUUUCAUCAACUUUGACAUCCUCAACAUCUAUUGUUAUGGCAAACAAAUAUCAAAACUUCCCAGGUUAUGUGGUCAAAGGAGUAACUUCGAUUCCAAAUAUCAGUCCUGGCAUUACACUAAGUAGUAGUUUGCAAGAUCAACAAAAUUUGAAACAUAAACUUCCAGACCAAACAGAUAUUUCUGACCAGAAAAAAUUAAGGAUAGAAACUUCUCUGGGUCAAUCAGUUAAUACAACAGGGUCAUUGAUACAACCAAUACCAAGUGUUGGUGAAAAUGCUGAUACAUCCAUAGGACAGGUAUCUGUUUUGAGAUGUGUAGUUUGUAAUAAUAUACUGACAGCCGAGGAUAUAACCAGCUGGGUCUUAUCUCAGGAUAGUAUUCAGGAGAAAAUAUGUGUCAAAUGUAAAAGUGGACAAAAAGUGGAAACCCCCGUACUCCAACAAAAAUCAUUAUCUCAUCCUCAAAGCAGAUCUUCUCCAAUUGUAAUAGAUGCAGACAAUUCAAACAGCACACUGGCAGAAAAUAUAACACAAGAUGUUGAAAUGGUUGAGAGUAAAGAGUUGGUCAAAACUAUUGAGGCUGAGGCAAGUAAGAUUAGAAGUAUUGUGAAAGAGGUUGAUGAUUCAGCACUGCAGCUUGAUCUUGUCCAGGAUGAUGGUGAGUCAGCAAAUUCAUUGCAAGACGAAACAUUGCAAAAACAUUCAACAAAAUUUGAGGAAAAUCAGACAAAAACUAUAAUUGAUCUUAGCAGUGAUGAAGAAAAUACCACAGAUAAGUUAUCAGAUAAAAAUGAUAAAAGUGUAAAGAAAACAGAAAAUGUGAUAGAAAAUCAGUCAGAAAAUGAAGAAGAUGAAUUGGAGGCAGCCAUUAGAGAUGCACAAGAUGACUAUCGGGACAAUAUAGUAAGAAAUCUCAGUGAUGAUAAUGAAUCUCAGGAGGAGGAGUUAAACAAAAAUACCUCAGCUCCAAAGUCAAGUGUUAUUGUUAUUGACGAUGAAGAUGAUGAUGCUGUUACGUUAGAAAAACGUAAAGUUGAUCAUGGUGGAUCUGAAGGAUCAGCAGCCAAGAAGUCAAAAGAUGAAGAUGAGGAUGUUGAUGUCAUUAGUUUCUCAGAGGGAGAUUCUUUUGAAACUUCACUAUCUGAGUCUGAUAUUGUGACUUCUUCAUGGCACAAUUCUUCAUGUUCUCUUAAUAACGCCAUGCUGAGAAAGAAAAGAAAAGCACAGUUAGAUUUAAUACAGAAUAAACAGCUUUACCAAGCAGAAGUUAAGGAGGGAUUUGCAAGUUCAGAAGAUUACAGAAAGUAUAAAUUAACAAAGGAGAGAUCUAGAAGGCAAGAAAUGCAGAACCUUUAUAAAGAAAUGGCCGAUCUGGUUAUGACAGAAAAUGAAGUAGAAGAUCUUUCAAAUCAUUGGAAAGCAUUUCCAAAAACAAACAUUUUAGAUAAGGCUAUAGCUUGUAUUAAGACUGAAGCCUCAUCAAGAAGUCAAUUUAUUGGGAAAGUAGAAGCCUUUAAGAUAUACCAGAAAAAACUUCAAAAACGUCUUGUAGAGUUGAAAGAAUAUCAUAUUGGAAGAGGCAUCAGUAAAGAGAAACUAGAAUCCCAGCUAGACAAAAUUGCUGUAGUUUGUGGUAAAAUUUACGAUCAUCUUCCAGAAAUCAAAAAGCAUAUUAAAGACAAAAAAGGACCUGACAGAGCAUCUACAUCAAUGCCGCCACCAGUCAAACAAAAAUCUAAAAAGACCUCAAAACAAGCCAAGAGGUCCAAAGUAGCUACAUCUAAACACAAAUCAGCUGAGAUUUAUAUAGAUAAUCCAGAAGAGUAUGAAAAUGAGGAACAAAUAGGUCAAGUUGCCACACCCUUAUCUUCGUUACCUGGUAGUUACACAACCUCAACUCCUGUAAGGAUGCAAAGACCUGCACCUUCUCUUGGAGGUCCAUAUCUUCCAAGAUCCAAUGCAACAUUAACUUUACAAGGCACAAAUAUACAAGCUGUUCCAAUAUCAAGCAUACCUGCCGCAGCUAUUAAAGUUCAAAUGUCUAAUACAAGAGGCAUUCCGACUCCAAUUCCAAGAAUGUCAAGCAUUGCUAUAAGGUUUCCUGUUCAGGCUGUCCGAGUACAGAGUGCUAACUCUGUUCCUAUGCCAACUGUUAGUGUUCAAGGUCAAAGACCUGGUGCUAUACCAAAGAACAUUACUGUUCAAAGUGUGAACACAAUAGUUGGCACUCCACUUGCUGAAGGUGAUCCAUUACAAGUGAGAAGCAUUGUUCCUGCAAUUGUUCAGUCUUCACAAAGCAGUCUUAUUCCAAGUUCAUUAAGUAACGUAUUGGACCCUCUCAUUGUACCACAGAAUGUUACAACAUUUCAAAGUUCUCUAUCCACUCCUGUAGCAUCAGCUCUGGAAUCAUCUAGUGCAAAAGAUGGAAGCAUUCAUACCGAUAUAGUUCAGAAUUUAGGACAACAUUCAUCCACGUCAGGAUUUAGUGCAGUUCUUGGACAGAUAAUCAAGAAGAAUAUUGUUGAAGAAAUGGGUUCAGAAUUAGGGAUGGAGAAUAUUCAAACUUCUUUAAAUGUACAACAAAAAGAUAUUGUCAAAACAGUGGAAAGUAGUGCUCCAUCAAUUCCUCAGUAUGAUGUGAACUUGCUCAAAGAUCAGAUUCUUGAUGAUUCCACGGGAGAAUUAAUAGCUGUUGUAAUGAAUGAGGAUGACAAUGAUAGUAGCGAUAGCUCAUCAAAAAAUGAUGAAAAUUCUCAAAAUUCCAAAAGUAAUGAAGAUACAGCAGAGACCUCUGCUACUGUUGAAACUAUUUCCAAAACUGAAGAAUCUUGUCCUAAUUCAGAAGACAAGAAGGAAGAAUGUAGUGUAUCUUCUGAGAUUGACAAAAAGAUAAGUAAUCAGACAGAAGAACUUGAAACUGAUGAAGCACCUAAUAUUGAAUCUCUUUUAAACGACAUAAAAUCACUUUGUCAGGAAGAUGAAACACCAUUACAUCAACCUAGCCUGAAAUCUUCAAUAGAAAAACAGGAUAAUAAGCAGGACAAUAAAAUAUUGAGCAAGGAAGUGGAAUCUGAAAAUGUUUUACCAAAUAAUGAAAGACUAGAUCAAGUUGAUGGAGAUAUCUUUAAUUUUUCUGGUGCCAAAGAUAUAGGAAACUUGUCAGAGUCUGAUUCUAAUAAUAGUGCUAGGACAAAUGUGUAUAUGGAAGACUCUGAUGGCAAUGUAAGCAUUGCUGGUGAGAUCAGUGAUGGACCGGUAGACAAUGAAUCAAACACACCCAAGAUAGUAUCUGUUAUGUCUAUAUCUGAUGUUUUAGGUGAUAAUUUUAAAGAUAUUGAUGAACCAUUAGAGAUGGGUCCUGAUGGAGACAACAUGACUGCUCUGUUUAAUAAUGACAACAAUUGUUCUCUUUAAUUACUUUUGACUUGUAUUUUUAAGAUAUGAAUUUGAAAGAGCUUUCUUUUUUUUCUUUUUUUAGAAAUAGUUUGUCAUUUUCCUUAGGGCUGUUCAAUAAAAACUUAUAUGGGACCUAGGAAGGGCAGCUUGAAUUUGGUUGGUAUGAAAUAUAAUUUUGUACAUACAAGUUUUUGUGAUGUGUCUCCAAAAUAGCUUCUAUGGGUGGUUACUCUAAUUUCAAAAUGUCUUCCCUGGUACCUUUACGAUUAAAUGGAACAAAUCUUGGAAUUAAACGCAACAUUCAUUAUAUUAGAUUUUGUUUAGUGGGUCUAGAACCGACAGAUUAUGAGUUUUAUAUCUAAACGUCCAAUUCUUAUGUCUUUCUAAAAUAAUCAUUAUAAGCUUCUUGUCUGAGACAACUAAGUUUAUACUCAAAAUACAUAUGCAUGAUGCAAAUAUUACACAAUGCUGUGCUAAAUUUUGUAUAAGAAUUUCUAUGUAUAAAUCUAUUUGUAGUUGACUUUGAUAUACUUUGUUCUUGUUUUUGCAUCCACUGUGUUAUUAUGAGUAUAAGCUUUUAAACUGUUGGACAGUGGUGUAUUAUAAACAUGAUAAAGGAACAUUUAUUUUAUUUGGAAAGUGUUCAUGUUACUAAUAAUUUAUGUUUAACCAUUGUCUUAUGAAGAUAUCAUAUCUAUCUGUAAAACAUGUUUACUUUGUAAAUUCAUGCCAAAUUUCUUAAUGCCUUUUGGGAAUAAAAUUUAUGAACCCCAACUUCAAAGUGUAAAUAUAUUUACUUAGGAGAUUAUGACAAAGAAUAGUUUACAUGUGUAUUUUAAGGCCAGUGUGGAUGAUUUUCAUUAAUAAUGUGUGAAAUUAGCAGAUUACAUUUUAAGUCACAGAAAUUUCAUACUUAAAAACCAUAUUCAAUUGUGAUGAUUAUUAAGUUCUGAAAUUUCAUGAACAAAAAAGCUAUUUCAUUUAUGAUGAUAUUGCAUAGAUUUUUCAAUUGUUUCCUGUUAUUAGAAUUUUUUUCCGAGGAACAAAAAAAUCACAUAAUAACGUUUUAAAUGGAUUUUUUCUGUGAUAAAAUUUCUUCAUUCAUUAUAUUAAACCACAAUUGAUAUCAUUUUGUACAAAUUACCAGUCUGUCAUUAAUAUCUCUGAAUUGAAUAUUGUUUCACAUCUUGUGAAAAUUUAGCCAUUUGUAAUUAUACAGUCAAAAUAUCAUUUUUGUCACUAAACCAUUGUAUAUAAUGUCAACCUAAAUUAAAUUCUGAUACAAUGCUGA